UAAAGAGAGAAUAGAGAUAGAGAAUAAAGAGAGAAUAAAGAGAGAGAAUAGAGAUUGAGAAUAAAGAGAGAGAAUAGAGAUAGAGAAUAAAGAGAGUAUAAAUAGAGAGAAUAAAGAGAGAGAAUAGAGAGAGAAUAAAUAGAGAGAAUAAAGAGAGAGAAUAGAGAUAGAGAAUAAAGAGAGAGAAUAAAGAGAGAGAAUAGAGAUAGAGAAUAAAGAGAGAAUAAAUAGAGUGAAUAAAGAGAGAAUAAAGAGAGAGAAUACACAGAGAGAGAAUAAAGAGAGAGAAUAGAGAGAGAGAAUAAAGAGAGAGAAUGGAGAGAGAGAGAAAAUAAAGAGAGAAUAAAUUGAGGCUGGUGAAGGAAUAACUGUUUAUAACCGCUAUAACAAGUGAGUAUUUGUUUUGCCGACUUUAAACAGCAUUAAAUGUAACUAUAAAUGGACAAAAAAAAUUGUUGUGGUAUAAGAGGAAUAAAGCACUUCUGGAUAACAGUAACUACGCUUCAUCACACAAUACCGUCGUUUAUCUUCUUAUAACACACUCACACACACACACACACACACCGUGUUUAAUUAACUUACCUAACCCAGCCCUGAUGUCAAGUGUUCCAGAGAAGCCUGAAAGAAGGAGGCUGGUUUCUAUCGUCUGUGUAAACACACGCAGUCAUGUUAGGGGAACAGCAGGAGGAGCCAUGGAGAGGAUCUUUCACACACACACACACACACACACACACACACUUUUUAACACUCGUGCAGCUCGGUGGUGUUGACUCGCAGAGUUUCCACCUCACCAUGUUCUCCUCUGCGCUUUCGGAGUCUGCUGAGAACUUUCAGGUCAGAUAAGACAGAAAUAAACCUCAUGACUGACCAUGACUGAGCGCGUGUCCAAACUAGCGCUUUAUAUUUAGCUGCUGGACUUUACACAGUGAGGAGAGUAGAGGGGAAGUGACAGAGAGCAGAGGAGAGGGAGAGAGAGGGAGAGAGAGAGAGAGAGAGAUUUUCACUGGAAUACCUGCUUUCAACCCGCGUGUAAACAGAUCCACAAGAACAGUUCUUUUUGCAGUGCCACGGACUCCAGAGGAUCGGAGACACACUUUAGUGGUCAGUGAUGAGAGAUGAUCUGAUGAGGUGUCUGCGCUGCGGGGACACGAGCGCGCGCACCGACCCUCCACCCGCACCCCGCGCUCAUUAGAGGCCAGAGAACCAGGAAACUCACACACACACACACACACACACACACACACACACCCCCACACACACACACACGGACACAAACUUCUUGCGCUGUAAUGGAGGCCUCCAGCCAGGUGGCGUCGGAGGCAGGUGGAGAUCAUGCAGCCAGCGUGGCGAUGACAGCGGCGGAGAGAGCAGACGUCCCGAGUCCGUGUCUGGUGUCCAAACAGCGCAGUCUGCGUGCCGUGUACGUGCUGAACGACGGGCUGAAGGCAGUGGCAGCAAACAGCCCUGAGUCCGGAGCGUUACAGUGCCUGCAGCGAGCGUGUGACGCCGAGAGCGCCAUCCUCACCACCGUCACGUUCGGCAGGCUGGACUUCGGGGAGACGUCGGUGCUGGACACCUUCUAUGACGCAGACAUUGCGGUGGUGGAUAUGAGUGAUGUGUUCCGGCAGCCAUCUCUCUUUUAUCAUCUGGGAGUUCGCGAGAGCUUUGACAUGGCCAACAACGUCAUUCUGUACCACGACACCGACCCUGACACGGCGCAGUCUCUGAAGGAUAUGGUGGCCCAGAAAAACACAGCCUCCAGUGGGAAUUAUUACUUCAUCCCGUACGUGAUGACGCCUAACAACGAGUACAUCUGCUGUGAGAACGUGGCCCAGCGCCGGGCGUCUGAGUACAUGCAGCCCAGCUGGGACAACCUGCUCGGACCUCUGUGUGUGCCUCUGGUGGACCGAUUCGCCAGCCUGCUCAAAGACAUCCACGUCACGUCCUGCGCUUCUUUCAAAGACACGCUGCUGAAUGACAUCCGAAAAGCUCGAGAUAAGUAUCAGGGUGAGGAACUGGCCAAGGAACUGUCUCGAAUCAAACUGCGCAUCGACAACACGGAGGUUCUGACGCAGGACAUCGUCAUGAAUCUGCUCUUCUCCUACAGAGACAUACAGGAUUACGAUGCCAUGGUGAAACUGGUACAGACGCUGGAGAUGUUGCCCACAUGUGAUCUUGCCAAUCAGCCCAUGAUCCAGUUCCACUACGCCUUUGCCCUCAACAGGAGGAACAGUCUGGGUGACAGGGAGCAGGCUCUCCGUGUGAUGUUGCAGGUCGUACAGUCAUGUGACCACCCUGCUCCGGACAUGUUCUGCCUGUGUGGUCGGAUCUAUAAGGACUUUUUCCUCGACUCGGAGUGUAAGGACACGAAGAGCCGCGACAACGCCAUCCAGUGGUACAGGAAGGGAUUCGAGCUGCAGCCCACUCUGUACUCGGGCAUUAACCUGGCCGUGCUGCUCAUCGUCUCUGGACAACAGUUUGAAAGCUCCAUUGAGCUCCGGAAGAUCGGAGUCAGGUUGAACAGUCUUCUCGGCAGGAAGGGAAGUUUGGAGAAGAUGAAUAAUUACUGGGACGUUGGUCAGUUCUUCACUGUUAGCAUGCUGGCUAACGACAUCCCUAAAGCCGUGCAAGCGGCUGAGAAACUCUUCAAACUCAAACCUCCGAUCUGGUACUUGCGCUCGGUGGUGCAGAACCUGAAACUCAUCCAGCACUUUAAGAAGCAGAACACAGAACACUCGGCUCAGAGAGAGAGACUCAACUUUUGGAUGGACAUCAUCGUAGAGGCAACGCAACGAACCACCAACAGCCUGCGCUUUCCGGUGUUGAUCCUGGAGCCCACUAAAGUUUAUCAGCCCUCGUACGUGUCCAUCAACAGCGAGGCAGAGGAGAAGAACGUCUCCAUAUGGCACGUUUCUCCUGCGGAGACGAAAGGAAUCCACGAGUGGAACUUUACAGCCUCAUCUAUCAAAGGAAUCAGCAUCUCCAAAUUUGACGAGCGCUGCUGUUUCCUGUACGUCCACGACAACUCGGAUGAUUUUCAGAUCUACUUCUCCACUGAGGAGCAGUGCGGCAGGUUCUGCUCCAUGGUGAAGGAGCUGAUCUCAGACGGUUCAGGAAACGCGGUGGAGCUGGAGGGAGAGGGAGAAGGAGACACGCUGGAGUACGAGUACGACUACAAUGAGAACGGGGACCGGGUGGUGCUCGGGCGGGGCACGUACGGAGUGGUGUACGCCGGGAGAGACCUGAGCAACCAGGUGCGCAUCGCCAUUAAGGAGAUCCCCGAGAGGGACAGCAGGUACUCGCAGCCGCUGCACGAGGAGAUCGCUCUGCACAAAUACCUCAAACACAGGAACAUCGUCCAGUACCUGGGCUCCGUCUCUGAGGAUGGGUACAUCAAGAUCUUUAUGGAGCAGGUUCCCGGGGGUAGUUUAUCAGCGCUACUCAGGUCGAAGUGGGGUCCUCUAAAAGAAGCCACCAUCAUCUUCUACACGCGUCAGAUCCUGGAAGGUCUGCGAUACCUGCACGAAAAUCAGAUUGUCCAUCGAGAUAUUAAGGGAGAUAACGUCUUGGUGAACACCUACAGCGGCGUUUUAAAGAUCUCCGACUUCGGCACGUCGAAGCGUUUGGCCGGAGUGAACCCCUGCACUGAGACCUUCACCGGGACUCUGCAGUACAUGGCUCCUGAGAUCAUUGAUAAAGGUCCUCGGGGUUACGGCGCGCCGGCUGAUAUCUGGUCUCUGGGCUGCACCAUUAUAGAGAUGGCGACUGGAAAACCUCCGUUUCACGAGCUGGGCGAGCCGCAGGCGGCCAUGUUUAAGGUCGGAAUGUUUAAAAUCCACCCCGAGAUUCCCGAAUCCCUUUCCCAUGAGGCCAAGUCCUUCAUCCUGCGCUGCUUCGAGCCCGAUCCGAGCAAGAGAGCGACGGCCGGCGACCUGCUCAAGGACCAGUUCUUACGCCACAACAUCAAGGGCAAGAAGAACAAGAUCGCCUUCAAACCCUCGGAUUAUAUCCGCAGUGUGUCGCUGCCUGUGCAGUUGCAGGCCGAAACCACCGGGAGCAGCAGCAGCGAGCCGGGCUCCGUGUCUCCGGACUGCGACUCCAAACACGACGUCUUCUUCAAUAAAAACAAACGUUCAGGCUCCGAGAACCUCAUCAAACCCGCAACGUCCAGCUUCCUCAGCGUUCCUGAUGAAAGCCCGACGUCAGAGGACCGAAGUUCUCCGGCCUCAUCUGAGAACAGCGACUCGGGACUGUUCCUGCUGAAGAAAGACAGCGAGAGACGAGCAAUCCUCUACAAAGUUCUGAACGAGGACCAGGACAAGGUCACGUCCAACCUCCUGGAGAACCACAUGCAGGGCAGCACGGAGGAGCUGAAGCUGUCUGUAGAUCACAUCAAGCAGAUCAUCUGCAUACUGCGGGACUUCAUCCGUUCUCCCGAGCGCCGCGUCAUGGCCUCAACCAUCUCCAAGCUCAAACUGGACCUGGACUUCGACAGCACCUCCAUCAACCAGAUCCAGCUGGUUCUGUUCGGCUUCCAGGACUCGGUGAAUAAAGUUCUGAGGAACCAUCACAUUAAACCCCACUGGAUGUUUGCGAUGGACAACAUCAUCAGACGAGCCGUCCAGGCUGCAGUCACGAUAUUAAUUCCAGAGCUGCAGACUCACUUUGGCCCGGCGUCCGAGAGCGAAGGAGCCGAGAAAGACGCUGACGACGUGGACGUGGAGGAGGACGGCGACUUCGGUACAGUGGAGAACGUUGCCCCGGAGGACACAGGCCUCACCUCGGGGGUCAGCACCCUCAGCUCGGUCAUUUCCCACGAUUCCCAGCGGCCUCAGCAUCCUCUCGGUGCGCAGCUCGCGCGCCUCAAACAGGAGACGAGCAGGCUCCUGGAGGAACUGGUGCAGAAGGAGAAGGAGUACCAGCAGGUUCUGAGGCAGACUCUCCAGCAGAGGGCGCACGACCUGGAGCUCUUCAGACUGAAAAACCAGCCUGCAGCUUUGAAUAACGGUGUCCUCUCGGUAGAAUCUCCUUCUCCCUCCAUCUUCCACAUCACGGCAGAGCCGGAAGCAGAUAAGGAGCUGAGCGACUGGCUGAAGCAGCAGGGGGCCGAUUCAGAGACCGUCGACAAGUUUGUAUCGGAAGAUUACACACUAAACGAUGUUCUCAACGACGUCACCAAAGACGACCUGCAGUACAUGAGGCUGAGAGGCGGUAUGUUGUGCCGUAUCUGGAGAGCCAUUCAGAGGCACCGAAGCCGAGAGCAGAGAAGAACACGGAGCGAUGAUGAGACUGAAUGAGCAGAAUCUCGCUUCUCCUUCUGAAAAACUUCUGAAUUGACCUCAUGCUUUAAAGCGCACACACACACAUACACACACACACACACACACACACACACACACACACAUACAUACAUACAUACAUACAAUCCUAACACACCCAGACCUGGAAAUAUCCCACCACCAUGUUUCCACUUCAUGCCACUGGUUCGUUUGUUUCCUUUUCACUUCAAAUUUGCAUGCGAGGCCUUUCCCAACUCUCAGCCUGAACUUCCCUAUGACGUCCAUGAUGGAACUGUUCCUCUGACCUUCCCUGGGGAAAAUCCACUGCGCUCUUCUGGAUGUGUCUGUGUUCUCGUUGUUGUUGUUGUUGUUGUUGUUAUUAGUAUCUUCUCUUUUGGUUUUUUGAUGGUUGACUGAAAAUUCUGCGAUAUGAUUGGCUGUCAGGUUCGUGCGUUCCUCAUGUUCACACUCUGAAACUAUCACAGAUGUUAGAUUUCCUGAUACGGCGAUCAUCAGCGAACAUGAAGAUCUAUUUUGUGUUUUUUGACGCACAAGUCUGAGCAAGUAUUCAAAAAAAACCCCAACAGAUUGACAGCAUCACCAAGUCCUCAUAUGUCUACUUCCUGUUGGACUGCUUCAUGGAUAAUAUUUAAAACCUCUGUGUAAAUUCAGUUAUUAUCUCUAAAUGUCAUAUUUAUUGAACCGUCACCCUGAGUAUUUACAAAUAAUUCAGAAGCACGAGUCAAUAAAUCAAGCAAAAACCUGAAUAUUUAAAAGGAAAGUUGAACAUAUCGUAGCGUUUCAUUGCGCAUUAAAAAAAUUCUAAACACAGAUUUUUUUUCCAGAUUAUAUACAGUGCAAAAGUUUGCACAUCCUUAGGACAACAUAUAUAGUAGAAGAUCAAGAAAUGCUCAUUCAUUUAAAAAAAAAAGGCAAGCAUAUAGAUCAGAU